AUUGGUCAGCAUUAUGCAUGGGUUUUGUCUUGCAGGAUCUUCUUGCUAGAAGUAGAGAUGAAUCUGCAAGCAAUUGCUCAUUCUAUUCGUUGCUGUAGAAAAAGGCUCCUGCCAAGCCUUCAGGCUACGAAAAGGGUCUUGGUCUCAACUCUCUUCAUCAAACUCUCGACAAGUUCCACCUGCUCAGAUGCGAUCAACGUCUACCAUUGCCACCUUCUUGUAUCUGUUCAAUAAUUGCCACAGUAGCAGCUAGACUUAGUUGGAUUCUUUUCCUAGUCUUCAGUCACUAUGCCAUGAUCAUGAACAAAUCUUUGAAGUGAACCACAGGGACCCUGGACAACCAACCGAUUUUUCAUGCCUUCUCCUUAAUUUAGUAGUUUGUCUGCCAUCCAAGGUUGCAGGUGGAUUCUAAAAUUCUCUAUGAGUUGUCACUUUUAUUGAGAAUACUUGGUCGCAGUGGUGUGAACAAAAAGUUGCAGACCCUCCAUUCAGAAAGUGGAGAGGUCGCCACAUUCGAACAAUACUAGCUUUCCUUCUCGCAACUAUGCUGGUUGCAAUGCUCAACUGAUGCCUAGUUGGCAGCUCUGCCAACUGUUAAAGAGAAAAAAGGUCUACAUUUUCAACAUUUUUAUGUCUUCAGUCUAACUUGGUCUAACUGAAAUGGCAGGUUUAAUCAGCUAUGGAGCCUGAGUUAACGUUAUAAUUAACAUGGUUGGUUGUGGAACUUGCAGAGUCAUUAAUCCAGAUUAACGUGAACUGUUUCUGCAACAUGAACUUUGCAGCGAGUGUUCUUACAUCACAUGAGGAGCAGCUCUGGAGAAUCCCCGGAACAGGGACUUGUUUCUGGGUUUCUUGGUGGGAAAAGGUAACCAUUCUUUCCGUGCUAUACAUGUAGGAUUUUCCAGCAUUCUGUGCGCACGUCACACCAUUCCUGCUCUCGGAUUUAAGCUGGCGACCAAUGGUUGAAAUGCACCAAUUGCCUUUUCGGGAAACCCCAUUCCGUUCGGGUAAAGUUUUCUGGUGUAAGCUGCUCCUGCGAGGACUUGGUGGUGAUACGAUGUUGUUGCGCUGUUGACCCACAUGUUUUUUACUUGAAACCCUCGAGGGCUAAUGCUCUAGCACUUGUAGGCAUCCUAAAGGAAUGCAUACUACAUCACUCGCAGCCUAUCAAUAACCUUGUUGGUGUAGACAUCCGCCCCCUAUCUUUUGGUGCUGUUUUGUUUCGUUUCUCUCGGCCCUUCGUUCUACUCGCAGCUUUGUUUCAAGUGGUUUAGUGUUUACGUGAUAUUGAGUUCCUGGUUGGGCGUGGAUUUCCCUUCAACCGUGUGCACAUUUUAAUUUUCAUUGUAUUCGGAGUUCUCUGGUAGUUUCUAGAGCGCCGGUAAUUCUUGUCUAUGCAUCAACGUCAGUAGAUAUUGAUUUUUGAGUCUCUUAGGGAGUUGGUUUCGUGUUUAGAAAGGGUCACGGUAUCUUGAGGGGAUGUUUUGAGGCAGCGUUCGCAUUGUGACCCCAAGGGGUUGAGUUCUGCAGUGAGGAAUCUUUAGUGGGUCGUCUCCAGGAGGAUCGGCAUUUAUCAGUGACCAUUACGGGUAUGCUUGGAGCGUGUGAAGGCUGGUCGCCAUGUUGGCCAUUUUAGUCGGGAAGUUUUGGAUGUGUUUGAGAUUGCUUUCCAUGGUAACGAAGGGCACAUUGUAGCCGUUGUUGUUCUUGCGUUGUGGUGGCCUCCUGCCAUCACUUCCACAUUGUCAUUUAGCGUUGACUGGGACUGUUGAGUGAAACCCUGAGAGCCUUUCCUAUCACCCUCCCCGUUCUCAUUAUUGUUGACACAUACUCUCUUGGUUUCCGUUAUGUGCAUUAGUGGUAUUUGCUUGUCGAUGUCCAUUAUCUCUUAUAUAUUGGGUUCACUACGCUAAUCUUGGCUUAGCUAUGGCCCAAACUCUGUAACAAUCUCUCUGAUCUAAUUGCCAAUGUCAAGACACUGUUAUUUCAUUUUCUUACUCUUUCUUGACCUCAAUGGGGAAGUCUUUGAAGGAAUAUCGCUCCUUCACUAUCACAAGCAAUAACACAUGCUCCAGACUGGGCCAUUCCAUGGCUCUCUGACGGAAACUCGAUUGAGCUUAUAUAACCAUGCGGUGGCAAAAUCCUACAAAUGUUCUGGGACGAGGGUGCGAUUUUCUGACAUCCAACAGCAUUGGUGAUUGUCAACUCUAUCAAUGAUUUAUGAAUACUCGGUCGUGGUGGACUGAGGAUUGGGAGUCGAGUACAUACAGCAAUGGAGGAUGAGGUAUGCGGUAGAGGAAAGAGGGUGAAGAGAGUUAUUGUAUGUCGCAAUGGCUGGCACAAUUGCUGUCUGCCUGCAUUCGAGAAGAUCAAUCCCUGCUCCACCACAUUCAAGUCGAGUCCGAGCACUUGCAAGGCGGUGCCCGUUGCUUCUGUUCAUGAGGCUCCCAAGGAUGUCCCACAGACCAAGGGAUCCAAGGCGUAUAAGGCAAGUAGGCAGCCGGUAGUGGCUCGAGAGAGAGAGCGAAGUGCGGGAUGAGAGUGAAAGCAGUGAAGAAAGUUGCCAUGAGAUCCUUGAAGAAGCUCAAAAAGGAUAAGUACUACAAUACUCGGUGUAAAGAGUGUUCACGCGGUGAUGGAGAACAGGAAAUGCUCCUCUGUGAUCGCUGCGACAGAGGAUAUCACAUGUACUGUUUGAGCCCUAUCCUCCCGACUGUACCGCUUGGUAAAUGGUUAUACUCCAAAUGUGCUUAAUCUUCGUGUGUGCUGGGUAUGUUCUUCAACCUGUUCUAUUGAAUACUCAGAAUGUAUAAUCAUAUUUUUCUGGAAAUUCGCUGUAUUGAGUGCAAUCGGCAAGCUGAAGUAGGUUUAUACCACUAUGGUUCCGAAGGUAUUCUCUUUAAUGAAAUUUGCCUGGGUAUUUUCAUGUGACGUGGUUUUUUGUGAGACUUAUUAGUGUUUUUUGUGUCGUCGAAGUUUUAUAUUUCAUACUCCUCCAUGCCAUAUAUAUUUUCUCCUGGGUUGAUCUGCUUCAAAGAAGGGACGGAGAGAAGUAUGAGUAAUGAGGUUUCUUUGACCAGAAUCGAAUGCGAUUACGUGGAAAAUAUUCAAAACGUCCUUGUGUCAUUUUCGCUAUUUCUUUUUAUUGAAAGUGUCUCAUGUGGGAUGAAUUAUGACCCUCGUGGUAUGAAUUCAGAAUUCCCUAAAGUGCAGAAGAAAGUGGAUUUCUUUCGCAUUCAGAAGCCGUCCCCUUUUACUGUAUGUAGUCUGCAACAUUACUUUCCUUAAUAUUUUGGUUUCAUGAAAAGUUUCGAUUAUUUAGCACAUCACAUCCUUACUGGUAUGGGUCCUUCCACGCGAAGAAUUAAACAGAGAUUCACGCACAAUCUGACACUUAUGACUUAAUUUUGUGGCAUUCUCCUGAGACAAAUGAAUGGAGCAAAUUAAAUAGCCCACACCCAAAUGAAUGGAGCAGUUUUAGAAUGUUCCCUUCCUUCUCCCUCUCCCCUCAAUGCUUAAUAUCCUCAACUUUUUAUUUACAGGAGUGAAGUGCUUGGAGACAAGGAAACGACGUAGACCGAGUGGAGGAAGCCGGCGACUACUGCCCUACGUUCCAUGUGAUGACCCGCAGCGUAGAUUGGAGCAAAUGGCCUCUCUGGCCACGGCAGACACUAGCAUAGGCGUUGAAUUCGUUGAUUUUUUGAGUUAUCGCUUGACUCCACGGUCUUCCAAUCGCGCGGAUAGUGAGAGAGGUGGCAUGCAGGUUAUGUGUAAGGAAGAUAAGGCAACUCUUGAUUUGUGUAAGACUAUGUGCAGUCAUGGCGAGUGGCCACCCUUAAUGGUUACACACGAUUCUCGACAAGGGUUUGUUUUUGAGGCUGAUAGGAACAUCAAAGACAUGACAAUAAUCGCUAAAUAUACUGGAGAAGUUGACUACAUGUGUCGCCGCCAAUACGACUCUGGAAACAGUAUCAUGGGUCUUCUCUUCAGCGACAACCCUGUUAAGGAGCUUGUUAUCUGCCCAGAUAGACGUGGCAAUAUAGCUCGAUUUGUCUCCGACAUCAAUAACCACUUACCGUAAGCUUAUGUCACUCUUACCCUCCGCAGAUUUUAGGCUGAAACCGGAUUUCUGGCCUGCACUGUUGAGUAGUGAAUUUAUGGCCUCAAUCCUCUAGCCCCUUCCGUCCAUUACCGUUCACUUCUUUAGGUUGCUCUGGAUUUUCAAGCCUUUGCGGCGAGGUCUUUGCAUGGCCACGUCCAGAAAGAAACCAUUUCUGGCCCUUUCGCGCCUAUUUAUUGGCUGUUUUUACAGCACCAUCCCUGAAUGAUGUGCUCUUUUGCUCCAUGGGCAUGACAGGCUUACUUUAAGUUAGUUGUUCAAUUGCAGGGUAGUCACGUUAGUUAAUCAGCCUUUGCCAAAAGCCCCCCCCAGCAGCACUGCACAAACCGCAUCUCUUGCCGUUUGCAGUACCUCCAGUUGGUAGAGUGCCAACUGCUUUGUAUUUUAUCAGCAGAUGUAAAGACUUAAUUGUGACUGAUAAUUUACUGGUCUAAAGUUGUUCAAGGAUC